CAUUGUACGCCUUGUUAGCCUUUAUCGUGGCCUUUUAUUGUUUUCUCCAUCAUGAAAUUCCUUGUUAACUAGUCGCAUAAUCGAUUUUUCAGUUUAGUACGCCAUGUCCAAUCGUAAUUUGAUGCAUUAUUUCAGUCCACAUGCCACAAAGCCAACUGAAAUGAUGAGUUGUGAUGGCAUCCCGGGAGACUUGCCUGAGACUAGUGCAAAGAGUGUUACUAAGCGUUCUCGUACGGGAAAAGUUAGGCCCGUCGUCGUCGAUGAUGAAGACGAUGACGACUUCGAUAAUGAUUCCUUAUUUCUUCCUCGAACUACUCAGGCUGGAAAUUCCAUCACCAAAUACUUCUCUCGAGUUGACAGGGAAGCUGCUACAAACAAGUCUACAAAAAAGUCAAAGCCUUGUGUCAUGACUGUGGAAGCCCAAGUUCAUGGAUCUCCUUCCAAAAAAGGCAGUAAAAUUCACACUACCAAGAAAGUACAGAAGAAAAAGAAACGAAAGCUUGGCAUUCCCAGUGCCAUAGCUGACACAAUAGAACUCAUCUCGUCAGAAGAGUUGGUAACAACAGAAUCAAGUCCCAGUCCUGAAUUCAUGGAUGCCAUUCAACUUUUAGAACCACAACUUCCAACACCCAAAGCAGAAUGGAAAAUGAAAAUUUGUCUUUCUAGCAAUGUUAAGGUCUCGGAUGAUGACGUCGAAGAUUGUAAGAUGCAAGAAGGACCUAGACGCAGUACGAGGGUACGUGUCAGACCAGUGCGUACACAGAAUGAACCUGCAGAGGUCGAGUGCAAAAACGUACCCCUGAAAAAACGUAAAAAGGGAGAAAAGAAAAUGAAAGAAGUCGCUGAUGAUUUAGAGAUCAUAGCUGAAGAUAUUGCUCCUAUUUUCUUAAAGAAGAAAUGGGAAGAGGAAGCACGAGCUGUCAAGAAAGCAAAGCAAGAAUUCCUUUUCAGUGGGGUACCAGAAGUGCUGAAACAGCAAACCGCCGUCUUCACAGCCCUGGAGCAGCGUCCAGUGGAAAUCUUUCCUAAAAUUAGUCACGUAACUCAGUCCGGCUCUCGACCAUGGCGACUUCCGUAUCCAGAUCAGUUAUCGCGUCUAUUGCGGAAAAGCCAUCCACACUCUAAGAUCAAUCGACCCACUGGGUUUUCAUCGAACUUAAACUCGUCAAACGUCGAUAUCAGGUCGUCGUCCUAUCGAUCGAUAUCCCUCAAACAAGCAUCUUACCUCGAGUGGCGUUAUUGCAAAGACUGGAUUACUCGUCUGAAAGAAGACUAUUCUUUAUCCUUUCCUUUUUUUCGUACUUUGCGAACUUUACUUCCUAGAACAAACAAGGAAGACGAUGGGAGCCAACACUUGCCAUGGACGGAUGCCUAUGCUCCCAAGCAUUCAAACGACAUCUUAACCAACAAUCGUGGGUCUUCGAUACAAAUAAAAAAUUGGCUAAAUCAAUGGAAAUCGAGAGCGGGUGAAGAAAUUACCACGUUGCCCAAAAAGAAGGACAAAAAAGUGGGAAAGAGAAAAAGGAUAUCUUCAGAUUGCACGGAUUCGGAAGAAGUUGUGGUUGAAGAAUCAUCAAAUGCAAGCUGGAAUCCAGAAGAGCAGGUCUGCAACUGUAUUCUCUUGGUAGGGCCUGCCGGGUGCGGCAAGACGGCCACGAUUUACGCCCUGGCCGAAGAAUUAGGCUACAAUGUUUUGGAAGUAAAUGCAUCCUCGAGAAGAAACGGCAAAACCGUCCUUUCCCACCUUCACGAGGCUACCCAAUCGCAUUCGCUUAACAAUAAUAGUAAUGCCAUUACGAACAGCAUGGACAAACUCUUCUUUGGUGGUGGUAAAUCUGCAGUAAAAGCUAGCCGCCCAGAAACUAAAACAGCUUUGUCGCUAGUACUUUUUGAAGAUGUCGAUAUUGUUUUUGAAUCGGAAGAUGAAUCUUUCUAUAGCGCUCUUACAACAUUGAUCCAGACCAGCAAGCGGCCAAUAAUCCUAACGCUCGGUACGACCGAUGAGCGUGCUUUGACACAGAUUCAGGACAAAAUCAAAAGCUAUUUUGACAUUUUUUACUUCUUGAGCCCAGAACCAGCAACCGCCUGCGGUUAUUUGUGGAGUGUGUGCCUAGCAGAAGGCUAUCCUUUGGAAUGGAAGGCACUGGAAAAUUGGGUAGGAAGCCGAGGUGUAAUGAACCUCGAUCUUCGUUCGCUUUUGCUCAAGUUACAGUUUCUCCUCCAGUCUCAUCCUUUGCGGCUAAAGUUGAACUUUAGCCAACUGCAGCUGAAGAAUGACGAAGAAGGCGCCAGUAGUAAUGGCGGACGGAGUUGGGGGAGUUCCAGCGAUUCAUCAGACACAAUCCCAGUUCAGCUUAUAGAACUCCCCCUUAUCGAGACAUUCGGUGAAUGGCCCUAUGCCGCUGCCCCGAGGUCUUUACGGUUCACUUACGAUGCUGAUUCCGAAGCCAUCCUCAUGACCGACAGUAAGGCGAAGAAAAGAUUCUCACGAAUCCUGUCGAACGAUAGCCUUGUUGAACCCGACGCAGUUGAAGAAACAAUAGAAGUCGACGAGGAGCCAUUAUCAAAGACGAAAGGAUGGCAUGGAGAUUUGACACAUCUCGCACGCUGCAUGGAUUUACGCGCAGGAAAAGAACUGUUCAAUUCUUGUCUCGUGAGAGAUGAUGUAUCGUGGAAUGACGCCUGUUUACUGCAUGAAAUUCAACAGCUUAUGACGGACCGCUGUAGUCAAUUGAUGGAGAAAGACCUGGGCGACAUGGCGCGAACAUCUAUUGAGAGCUCACUGUCGGAUUUACGACACAACCACGUGACGAAAACUGCGAAUCGCGUUCUACUACAUUGCUCAGUACCAAGAAACGUUUUACUAAAUCAUCGCAGUCAUUCAGCCGAUGUGCUCCCAUAUCUGCGGUCAUUCGUACGCGUGGAUUUAGAGCGAUCCAUUGCUAAACGACGUCGUAAACCGCGAUCACGAAUGGAAUCUCCAACAAUCCGACUGCCUACACUCGAUUUGGUUCUUUCCACCUCAUCAGCGAUUCAUCUGGCCAAUAAUUUUUAAGCUGACUAUCUUGUACCAUCUUUUGUAAAAAAAUUUAAGCUCAAUAGAUU